AUGUCCUCAGGCGAGCUGCUGCACCAGUACGAGGCGCUGGCGUGCACCUCUGGCGUCGCGUACACCUUCGGCGACUUUGUCUCCCAAAUCUACCAGGGGCGCACCCUCGCCUCUCUCGACCUGCCCCGCUCCUUCCGCUCCGGCGCCGCAGGCUUCAUCGGCCACGGCCCGCUCCGCCGCACGCGGCUCUCGCGACGGCGUGCGUUUGGGGUCGACCCGUCCCUGGAGGUCGAGCUCUCGCGCCAGCAGCUGCUCGACAACUGCUGGCCGUUGCUCGCCUUUUGGCCCGUGCUGUUUGCCUUCCACCAGGGCGCGCGCCCGCCGUAG